CUUGGUCUAUCACCACCAUAAUCUCAUAUCCAAUCAACAUGUCUUCAUUUUACACCGGUGCCGAGGGUUGCCCGUACCCUACUCCUGCCACUAGCGUGCAAGUGCGCAAUGGCUCAGGCGGAGGCCUCGUGCUGCUUCAAGAUACCCAGCUGAUUGAGACGCUGGCUCACUUUAACCGUGAAAGAAUCCCCGAACGUGUUGUUCACGCCAAAGCUGCUGGUGCUUACGGUGAAUUCGAAUGUACACAUGACUGCACCGACAUCACCUCUGCCAGCUUCCUCAACACAGUUGGAAAGAAAUCAGACGUGCUUCUCCGUAUUUCAACCGUCGGCCCUGAGCGAGGCUCUGCCGACACUUGCCGAGAUGUCCACGGCUGGGGCAUGAAGAUUUACACUGACGAAGGAAACCAAGACUUUGUCUGCAACAACAUUCCCGUCUUCUUCGUCCGUGACCCCAUCAAGUUCCCUUCGCUUAACCGUUCCCACAAGCGCCACCCUCAAACAAACUUGGCCGACUCGGAUAUGUUCUGGGACUUCCACCUUGGCAACCCUGAAGGUAUCCACGCUCUUAUGCACCUCUUCAACGACCGAGGCACCCCCGCUUCUCUGCGCAAUAUCAACGCCUACAGCGGUCACACAUACAAGUUCACUAAGGAGGACGGCAGCUUCAAGUACAUCAAGCUCCACCUCAAGGCUCAGGAUGGCGUCAAGAACUUCACUGCCGAGGCUGCCACAAAGAUUGCUGGUGAAAAUCCCGACUUCCACACCCAGGACCUCUUCGAGGCUAUUGAGCAGGGCAACUUCCCCAAGUGGGACGUCUUCGUGCAGGUUAUGGACCCCAAGGAGGCUGAGACCUACAAGUGGAACAUCUUCGACAUGACCAAGGUGUGGCCUCACAAGGACUUCCCUCUGCGCCAGAUUGGUCGCCUGACGCUCAACCGUAACCCCCAAAACUACUUUACCGAUAUCGAGCAGGCCGCCUUUUCGCCAUCCACUAUGGUUCCCGGCAUUGCCCCAUCUGCUGAUCCCAUCCUGCAAGCUCGUAUGUUUGCCUAUCCCGACGCUGCCCGAUACCGUCUCGGCGUCAACUACCAGCAGCUCCCCACCAACCGCAGCAAGGCCCCCGUUUACGCUCCCUUCCAGCGUGAUGGCUUCAUGAACUUCACGGAUAACUACGGCGCUGACCCUAACUACCUCAACUCCUCGCUCAAGCCCACGACGUUCAAGGCCGCCGGAAAGGUCAGCACCACUAUCACCGAGCACGAGAAGUGGGUUGGCGAAGUCAGCAGCUUCACUAGCCAGAUCGGCCCAGAGGACUUUGAACAGGCGACUGCACUGUGGCACGUCCUCGGCCAACAAGAGGGCCACCAGGAGCGAUUCGUUAACAACUUGGCGGGUCAUUUGUCUGGAGCCAAGAAUGCAACGAUCCGAAGCAGGGUCUAUGAAUACUUCUCAUAUGUUGACAAGGAUCUUGCAGCUCGCCUCCGACAGGUUACUGAGGCCAAGGUUGCUGCAUAAAUUGUUGAAGAUUUAUACAACCUAUGAUUGAUUCAUGGAUAGGAUAGCCUGAGAUACCUUUGGCGGAUGUAGUUACUCUUUAUACAAAAUAAAGCAGCAUGGAGCAU